UCGGCUCCCAGCCGGGCCAUGGCGGCCAUCGCGAGGGGCGGCCCCGGCGCCCGCGGGGCCCGAGCCGCCACCACCACCAACAUCGUGUCGCAGCUGCGGCGCGGGCAGCUCAGCGGCCGCGGGCUCACCCGCGGGGCGCAGAUCACAGAGGCCUUGUUAAAGGAAAGAGAUAAGCAAGCAAAGUGGAAUGGGAUUCCCUUGCUGUUGCAGAAGCUGUAUGAGCACAGCCACCCAAACAGCGACUUCUCCCAGUGCCAAAGCAUCCUAAAGGAAAUUUCUCCCCUUCUUUCAAUGGAAGCCAUGGCAUAUGUUACAGAGGACAGAAAAGCUGCUCAAGAGUCCACUUUCCCAAAUACGUACACGUUCGACUUAUUCGGAGGAGUCGAUCUUUUGGUAGAAAUUCUCAUGAGACCAACUCUUAUUACCCAGAAAAAGAAGCAGAAAAGUUCCCUGAGCCCUUGUGAGGAGAGGGACUGUCCUGGUGCACUCUGUGCCCUUCAGCCAGGGAACUUCAAAGUAAGUGAUGACCUCAUCAAGGACUGUCUCAGCAUACUGUACAACACGUGUCUGUGUACGGAAGGAGUCACGAGGCGACUGGCAGAAAGAAACGACUUCGUGUUGUUCCUGUUUACACUGAUGACAAACAAAAAGACAUUCCUGCAAACUGCAACGCUCAUUGAAGAUAUCCUGGGAGUUAAAAAGGAAAUGAUCCAGCUGGAUGAUAUUCCCAACCUGGCCAGCCUGGUGUCCAGCUUUGACCAGCAGCAGCUGGCAAACUUCUGCAGGAUCCUGGCUGUCACCAUUUCUGAGCUCGACACGGGCAGUGAUGACAAGCACACUCUUCUUGCCAAAAAUGCCCAGCAGAAAAAAAACCUGGGUCCUUCUCGAGCUGAGAUUAAUCAAGCUACACUUCUGAAUAUUCCAGGCUUCAUAGAGAGAUUGUGCAAACUGGCAACACGGAAAGUGUCUGAAACCACAGGUACUUCCAGCUUCCUCCAGGAACUGGAAGAGUGGUACACCUGGCUGGACAAUGCACUGGUUCUGGAUGCACUGAUGAGAGUGGCAAAUGAAGAGGCAGAGCAGAGCAGUACAGAGUCUUCAGAUGAAAGUGGGUUGGCCAACAGCUCGACACGGACGCAGCUUCCACAGUCCAUGAAGAUCAUGCACGAGAUCAUGUACAAGCUGGAGGUGUUGUACGUUCUCUGUGUGCUGCUCAUGGGGAGGCAGAGGAAUCAGGUUCAUAAAAUGAUUGCAGAGUUCAGGCUCAUUCCUGGCCUCAAUAACUUGUUUGACAAACUGAUCUGGAGGAAGCAUUCAGCAUCAGCCCUGGUUCUGCAUGGACACAACCAAAAUUGUGACUGCAGCCCAGACAUUACUUUAAAGAUACAAUUCUUGAGGCUUCUUCAGAGCUUCAGUGAUCACCACGAGAACAAGUAUCUCCUCCUAAACAGCCAAGAACUGAAUGAGCUGAGUGCAAUCUCCCACAAAGCCAACAUCCCUGAAGUUGAUGCAGUUGUCAACACUGACAGGAGUCUUGUCUGUGAUGGGAAGAGAGGUUUGUUGACCAGACUGCUUCAGGUCAUGAAGAAGGAACCAGCUGAGUCUUCCUUCAGAUUUUGGCAAGCAAGGGCGGUCGAAAGUUUCCUUCGAGGCACCACCUCCUAUGCAGACCAGAUGUUCCUGCUCAAGAGAGGACUCCUGGAGCAUAUUCUGUACUGCAUCGUUGACAGCGAGUGCAAAUCACGGGAUGUGCUUCAGAGUUACUUUGACCUUCUGGGAGAACUGAUGAAAUUCAAUAUUGAUGCAUUCAAGAGGUUCAACAAGUACAUCAACACAGAUGAGAAGUUCCAGAUAUUUUUAAACCAGAUCAACAGUUCCUUGGUUGACUCCAACAUGCUGGUUCGCUGCAUCACACUGUCCCUGGACCGGUUUGAGAAUCAGUCUGAUGCUAAAGUGGCAGAGGUCCUGUCCGAGUGCCGCCUCUUGUCCUACAUGUCCCAGAUGUCCAUGAGAAUGUCCUUCCUUUUCCGUCUCAUUAAUAUUAUCCAUGUACAGACACUCACACAGGAAAAUGUCAGCUGUUUGAACACAAGUUUAGUUAUCCUAAUGCUGGCCCGGAGGAAAGAAAAGCUCCCUUUUUACCUGCGCACCUUGCAACAGAUGGAAUACACGGAAAAGUACCCUGGAUUCAUCCUGAACAACUUCCACAGCCUCCUGCGAUUCUGGCAGCAGCAUUACCUCAACAAGGACAAAGACAGCACCUGCUUAGAAAAUAGCUCCUGUAUUAGUUUUACCUACUGGAAAGAGACUGUAUCUAUACUGCUCAGUCCGGACCGGACGUCCCCCUGUGCCAUAGUCAGCUACAUCGACGAGGCGUACAUGGACAUUGACAGAGACUUUGUGGAGGAGUAAUCCUUGGCUCCAGCUUCCGAUGGACAGCGCUUGGAGGGUCCCUUGCAGCCCGUGGAUUUUCAGGGAUACGCUGUGUAGUGUGUGUGAGAGUGUGAGGAGCACUGUCAAACCCCAGCCCCUCCCGGUCCCCAGCUCUGAUCUCUGACCCAUGAGACUUCGGGCAGCUCUCUGGGCAACACAUUCAGGGAUGUAUCUUCCAGUUGUUCUGGGAUAAAAAUAACCACCUGCAAAAACCAGCCUCAGUUUAUUUUUUUUUCUCUCCCUCUCCCGGUCCAGCAGGGUGGUCAGAGAUGGUUUUGCUGACAGUGAGGAUACUCUGUAUGUGCCAACCGAGUUGUGGCUCUCUCCUGGCAUGUCAAAAGCACAGCAAUUGCCCUCCAAAUGUGAGGUCCAAGGAGCCAGUCUGACCAGGAUCCCAACACCAGCCACGUGCAGAGCCCCCAUGGGGACCCCCUUCAGGUGUAACCUUUCUGCUGGGGUUUGGAAUCAGGGGUUUAGGGUUGGGUAGAGCAUGAGUGAGUGUGUGUGUGUGUGUGGGUGUGUGUGCUUUUAAUUCCUGAGAGCCCUAGCUCCAGUCACCUCUUCACCAUCUCCUUUUGGAUCAUUUGGUACUAAAUCUGUGCAUUAGGAGAGAACCUCUGCUCCUGCUGUCUUUCCUGCAGAUCCUUCCCACCUGGAGGUGUUUUACAAAGCUGCAGAGAACAGAGACAUUCGAGCAGUGGUGGAAUUGCAACAGGGGUUGGCUUUUUCACGGAGCACUAGCAUUAAAAUGUACUAAUUUUUUAAACUUGCGGCUUGUCCCUUCUCUUGGGUAACUAAUCUGGUUUUAAAAUCCUUUUCAGGACCAUUGCUCUUGAUGUUAACCUGCUAUGCCUGGAAGUCUUAUGUCAGUCUCUUGCUUUCAGUCCUUAAUAUCAACACACACAUUAAUCUUGAAGUGCAAUAUUUACUGGAGAUGUCCGUAUUUCCUGCAUCUGUUUUAAUCAGAAUGUGUUAAAUGCUGGGAAUAAACACUCCUGUUCCUGAAAGUAA